CGGUGGCGGCAUCGUCGCCGACGUAGAACGGUUCCGCGUUGGUCGGUUAGUGCGCGCCGCGAGCUCGCCCCGUUAAGAUCGCGUGCUACGAGAGAAUCGCGCGAGUCGAAACGUGUGUCGUCGCGGCCAUUCUGCCCGACCGCGACUAGAAGGAAGAGCACAGGAGGGAAACGAGAAAAUAGAAAGGGGAACGGUAAAGCCUUAAGCGGGCGAAGAGCGGCAGGGAGCAGAAGGACGACGAUUCGACCGAUGGUUUAUCGGUUGUGUACCGUGGGAACGCCGAUAACAACGAUAAAGAAAAAAAAAGAGCAGUUCGUCGAAGCGCGGCUGGAUUCGAGUGUCUCCGCCGAGUGACGUAAGUCGACCGCUCGACCCGCGAACGCCUCGUUUUCUUCUCGACCAAUCGAACGCGGCUGUUGCCGCACGCGCGCCAACCUUCCACCGAUUCGAAACAUCUCUCCGUAUCUCUCCUCCCUUCGAUCACGUCUUCCGGCUUUCCACCUGCAGCGGCGGCUGCAGAUCGAGCAAUCACGGCGCUCCCUAGCAGAUAUUGAAAAGGAAGGCUCGUCGAAGGGACGAAAGGUUGAAAUCGUCUCGUUCGAAUGCUCCAGCUAGUGAAAUCCAGGCGCGAGCUUCACCGCGGCUACCGUCACGCAAGCGGAACGCUUCCCUCUGGAUGUCACCACCGUUUCGAGAAUCGGCGACAUGGUAGGAAACGCCGUCGCGUUCGCCAAUCUCACCGGCUUCCAGGCUGCGGAGACCCUUUGCUGCAACAGGUUUCUCCACGAGACAAACUCCCCCUCCCCCGAACACCAGCCCCCAGCUGAUACGACGGAACCGACGAGAACGCGCGACCACCAUUUCUCGUCGCCGUCCCCGUCUCCGCCUCCGUCUCCGUCGCCGUCGCCGCCGACGGACGAGCAAAGAAUUUACACGGACGCAUUCCUAAGAAGUUGCGCGGAACUCGCCUCGAGUUGCACCGAUUCCAUUUGCGACAGGGAAGAGUACGCACCCAGCUGGUUCUCUCAAGUUCGCCGACGAUGCUCCAACAUUCGCAAUUGGUUGCCAAAGAUGUGUUCGUGCCUGGAGGCUGGUGCACCGUUUCUUAGCCAACCCGUGGGAAGCUAUCGACGGCUCACCGUCAAAUCGAAUCUCUUCGAGUUUAACCAGAUACCGAAGAGACCGCGAAUAACGUUCGAACCGGACCCGGAUGAACACGAGGAGGACGAGGAGGAGGAAGAGUACGACGACCAGAUAGAGGAAUUGCGGUUUUACAACGAGGAUCGCUCCUCGUUCAGCAUAAUCGUCGACAGGCAUAUCCGCACGUCCGAUUUGUGCGAGCUUCUUAAAGUGAAACGGAGCUUGUCCGGGACGGAAUGGUCGGUCGUGGAAUUCUGGCCGGAUUUGGGAAUCGAGCGCACGCUGGAAGAUCACGAGGAUGUUUCUGCCAUGUACAGAGAGAUGCGAAAGUUCCCUUCGGAGCGCGUACGAAAAUUCGCCUUGCAGCAAGAUAAUUUCAAGUACGAAUUCUACUUCGACUCGAUGCAAUUCUUUUCCGCCCAGAUGAAAGCCGUUCCAGCUGCCUACGCGGACGACUGGGAAACGCUGAAGCAGGCGCAAGCCGCGUUACGAGACUAUAUCCAAGACGACAAGGCGGAAUUCCCGCAAGUGUUCAGUUUAGUGUGGAUGCGGAUCGGAUACUUGAACGUUUGGAGGAGAACCUAUAUGCUUCUUCGUGAUGAAAAGCUUUACCUUGCGAGGAAGAAAACAGAGCAGGUGACCCCGCUCGCUCGCUUGUCGGAUUUCCUGGUGUACAAGAUUCCGAACGCCAAGAGGAGUUUCAGGGCGCCGUUCACCUGGGGUAUCUGCCUGAGGCCAUCUUGCCAAGCCGCAGCCGAAAACACCGCGACUGGAGAAUCCGGGCUCAAGGUCAUCGCUUUCCACAGUGAAAAGUCCCGCGUCUGUUGGCUCACGGCCAUGAGGCUCGCCAAGUAUGGCAAGCAACUGAGGGAAAACUACAGAGCUUUCAAGAACAAACAAUGCGAGCAACCGGAGAAUCCAAAGGACCGAUACGUCAACUACAAUGUCUCGAACGAAUCGGUGCGGUCACACGUGGCCAUGGAUUUCACCGGGAGCGUCGGAAGGAUCGUGGAAGAUCCGAAGGAAGCGAAGAACAUCGCGGAGAACGAAGGAGUGAACUGGCGGCGCACUUGGAGGCCGUUCUCGAGACCGCCGCCGGGUUGCGCGGUGGUCAGGCUUCACGGCCUCGACGACGGCAUUCACGUGUUGCAGCCGUGGUUUCACAGGGGACUCAAGAGAGACGUUGCAGCGGCGAUCGUCAGGGACCAUGGUUCCGUUGACGGCGUGUUCCUGGUCCGAGAGAGCAAGAGCAACUUGGGAGCGUACGUGCUGACCUACAAGUACAGCGAGAAGGUGUUCCACGCGCAGAUUCAACCGGUGUUCGACGAACGAUGCAACUGCUGGCUGUACACUUUGGACAAAGGCGUAACCAAGUUCUACGAUCUGCUGCAACUGAUAGAGUUCUACCAGCUGAACGCGGGCUGUCUGCCGACCCGGUUGACCCACUACGUGCAGAACGGCGUGCCGACAGAUCUGUCGCAACCCGCGGAGGACGGCAGCUCGGCCGCGUCCCCGUCGUCGGCCGAGCUGCUCGGGCACCGAUUCGCCGCCGGCGGGCCCGCCGUUUCAUCCGCGUACGUCACCGGGAACAGAAGCAUCUGAGGAUAGGAAUUCCAGCGGCCCGGCAGCGUCGACGAGCGUUUCGUCGCAACCCUCGAGCGUGCUUCUCGGUUCAACGCGAACGCGAACGCGAACGAAAACGAGAACCGGUCCGCGCGAUCGGGUUGCUGGAGUUUGUGUCUGUGUAGCUACAGCAAGUGGAAUCUGUAGCGCGUUCGAGCGUCCUGCCGACAGGGCUUCGUCCUCGCCGGCUUGAACGAGCAACGAUAUAAGAGAAGGAAUCGGAGAAGGAAUAGGAGAAAGAGGAGGAAGGUUCGUCGUGGACUCGCGGCGA